GAAUGAUAUCGUUAAUCCGCUUACAUUAAUUUCCGAUGAUUGUUGUUACAAAGAAAUAAAUAGAAACUGGAAGCAUCAUCAUAAAAAUAAACAAUAAAUAGUGGACCGACCCCAUGAAAAAAUAAUGAGGACAGAAAUAAAAGGAAACCAAGUCUGAAACACAAUGAUUGAUUAAUCACUUAUAAGGCCUAAACUCACUUUUCCUAGUUUUGCCCUUCUUUUAGCUCAUCAACAGAGAGAGAGAUAGAUCCAUGGAGGGUCUUCAAAGAUCAACAAUCUCUUUCCGCCGUCAGGGAUCUUCCGGUAUAGUGUUUGACGAUCGUCUCAUCGCCGAACUCAACAAAUCGGGAAACAACGAGCAGAAAGACGAAAGUCAACGCGACGAACAACCUAAGCCUAUGUCGGAAAGCUCUGAACAGGUCAAACCAAUCGAUGAGAAAGACAAGCUUAGACCGAUUAAAACCGGUGGAGGAGCACCAGGAGGAAUAGAGAGGAGUCGAUCUAACGGUGGAGGAGCUCAACGACAUCAUAGAACAACCGGAAGAGUUUCUCCGGCAGUGGACCCGCCGUCUCCGAGAAUUUCGUCAUGCGGUUGUUGCUCUGCGUUUGGAAAGAAUCCGCCGGGGAAGAAAGUUAAUCCGAGGAAAAGGCCGCCGAAACGUAGAUCGAGGUAGGCGUCAGGAUUAAUAAUAUUCAUGAGGAAAAAAUAGUAUACACUGUCUUUCAUCUUUCUUCUUCUUCUUUUUUGUAUGUGUGUGUUCUUUGUUAUAAAAAACUUUAAAUUUGAUUUUUCGAUUUGAUCAACAGACUCUGGUUAUUUGUAAAUUAUCUGUCUUUCUUUGUUUUCGGACAAUUUCCCAUUUCUGUACAAAAUCAAACUUUCCGAUUUGGUGAUUCUUCUUCCUUCUUGGCGAAUUAUCUGAUUAAGUGAUUUCAGUAUAAAACAUUUUGAGAAAAAUCAAACAACGUUCAAGUCCCUUCCGAUGGCUCACUGACUAAUCCUCUAGGGUUUCGAAUCUGGC